CACUUGCAAUUUCACACAAACCGAAAGACGCACACAGAGAGAGAUAGAGAGAGAGAAGCGAGAGAGAGAUGGCGAAAGAGACGAACAACAACAACGGCGACGCCGGCGAGGUUUUGGUCGGUGAUAAGCGGCCCAAGACGAAGAUCGUAUGCACCCUCGGCCCCGCAUCUCGCUCCGUCGCCAUGGCGGAGAAGCUCCUCCGUGCGGGGAUGAGCGUCGCCAGAUUCAAUUUCUCACACGGAUCGCACGACUACCACCAGGAAACCCUAGACAAUCUCCGCCAGGCCAUGGACAACACCGGCAUACUCUGCGCCGUCAUGCUCGACACCAAGGGUCCUGAAAUUCGAACUGGAUUCUUGAAAGAUGCGAAGCCUGUCCAAUUGAGACAGGGACAGGAGAUCACAAUAUCAACCGACUACGAGCUCAAGGGUGAUGAGAAAACAAUCUGCAUGAGCUACAAAAAGCUGGCAGAGGAUGUAAAGCCUGGAAGCGUGAUACUCUGUGCUGACGGCACGAUCUCCUUCACUGUCUUGUCUUGUGACACUAAACAAGGCUUGGUGCAAUGCCGUUGUGAGAACACUGCGGUUCUUGGUGAGAGGAAGAAUGUCAAUCUCCCUGGGGUUGUUGUGGACCUCCCGACUUUGACCGAAAAGGACAAAGAGGAUAUCUUAAACUGGGGAGUGCCUAAUCAAAUUGACAUGAUUGCACUUUCUUUUGUCCGAAAGGGUUCGGACUUGGUGGAGGUCAGGAAGUUGCUUGGUGAACACGCAAAAACCAUCCUUCUUAUGUCUAAGGUUGAAAAUCAAGAAGGGGUGGCGAAUUUCGACGAAAUCCUGGCCAACUCAGACGCCUUCAUGGUUGCAAGAGGUGAUCUAGGAAUGGAAAUUCCAAUCGAGAAGAUCUUCCUAGCUCAGAAAGUGAUGAUAUACAAAUGCAACAUCCAAGGAAAGCCAGUUGUAACUGCAACACAGAUGUUGGAGUCCAUGAUAAAGUCCCCAAGGCCCACCCGUGCAGAAGCCACAGACGUAGCCAACGCCGUUCUCGACGGAACGGAUUGUGUUAUGCUUAGCGGUGAAACAGCGGCAGGAGCUUACCCAGAGCUCGCAGUUCGCACCAUGGCCAAGAUCUGCAUUGAAGCUGAAAGCACAAUCGACUAUGCAGAUGUUUUCAAGCGUAUAAUGGCAAACGCACCCGUUCCAAUGAGCCCGUUGGAGAGUCUGGCUUCGUCAGCCGUUCGGACCGCCAACUCAGCAAAGGCGUCACUUAUCUUGGUGCUCACCAGAGGAGGAAGCACCGCCAAGCUGGUGGCUAAGUACAGGCCUGGACUGCCGAUUUUGUCUGUGGUGGUACCGGAAAUCAAGACCGACUCUUUUGAUUGGUCGUGCAGCGACGAGUCGCCAGCUAGGCACAGUCUUAUAUUCAGGGGUUUGGUGCCGAUUCUGUGUGCAGGGUCCGCUAGGGCUUCUCACGAGGAGUCGACUGAGGAGGCACUGGAAUUCGCUCUUCAACAUGCUAAGACUAAAGGGCUGUGCAAUGUUGGAGAUGCUGUUGUGGCACUUCACCGUAUUGGAACUGCAUCCAUAAUCAAGAUUGUGACCGUCAAGUAAAGAAUCAAGGAGCAUAUUCUUGUUUGAUUCUUCGUUAUAAUUUUUUGCCCUUUGGUGGACAAAUUAUCAUGAACUCUUUUUUAUUACUGCUUCGUGUUUUAUGUUGUUGCGGGCGUUUUGACCUUUUGUGUCGUCCACCUUAAUUGUUAGGCCUGUGAAGGACCGACCCCUUUUGAUUCUAGUUUUGUGGCCAUAUAAAGAUGGCAAAUAUCUAUUGAUACUCUGUAUCUUUUGUUGUUGCCCUCGAAAUAAGAUUCUCUCUCCUU